CAAAAACUGUUAAUAUAAAUAAUCUUCAUUGAUUACCUCUAAAACCAUCAUUCAAUCAACAUUUGAAACUUCGGAUCGACUUGAAAAUCUCCAACUUUGAAAAUGACUUCUUUCAAGAUAUACAAAGAAGCUGACCUCGUAAUGGCGGAGGAGAUUAGAUAUGUUGCACCGGCGCAUUAUGAGCUCAGGAUUGAGUCUUUCUCUUUGUUCGCGAAGAACUACAAGGAGAAGUAUGAAUCAAACGAGUUCGAAGCAGGAGGCUAUAAAUGGAAACUGAUCCUCUAUCCCAAUGGAGACAAGAGCCGAAAUGGUGAAGAUCACAUCUCCAUAUAUCUGGCGGUUUCUGGGACGAGUCCUUUCCAACCUGGUGGGGCGAUUCACUCGACCAUCAGGUUUUCUUUGUAUGAUCAAAUCUGCGAUAGAUAUUUAACUAAACAAGGGAGAGUCACGAGGUUUCACGCAUCAAAAGUCGAAUGGGGAGUUCCGAGAUACCUCCCGUUGAAAAUUUUCGCAGACCCAUCAAAUGGGUACCUUGUGGACGACACCUGUGUCUUCGGUGUGGAGGUUUUUGUCAUCAAGAGUUCAGGAGUUGGCGAAUGUGUGACGACGCAAAAGGAUUGCACAUCGUUCACUGAAGAUUAUGUGAUAUCGCGUUUCGCAGACUUGGGGGAUGAUUAUCUACAUACUGAAGCAUUCACUAUUGGAGUCCAUGAAUGGAAGGUGCGCGUAUGCCCGAAGGGUGAUUUGGAUAACAGGGGCAAAAACCUUUCGAUGUUUCUCGUUUUAGCUGAUCCGGACAAAUUGGCUUCUGGUCAGAAAGUGAACGUGAGAUUCAUCAUUCGGUUGAAGGACAAAUACGGCGUUGUACUCCAUCAGCCGGAAGCUUGUACUAAAUGGUUCAGUAGCUCCAUCACGUACUGGGGUUGGCCGUCUUUCAUGCCUCUGAAAACGGUUCGAGAACGCGUGAAGGAUUCAUGUCUGUUUGACGUUGAAGUCGCCGUGCUCAGCAUAGUUAGCAAAUUGCCAUGAUGGCAAAUAUAUGUACAGGAUGUGUUCAUAAACAGACAAUCAGCGACAGUUCUUUCCUCAAGACAAUAAUACAUGGAUUGGAUGUGUUUGUAUACACAUGCCGACAGACCGAUCAUGCAUUUAUGUAGAAAUGAAAAAAUAAUUAAUGAGUAAAAAAACAAAGACUCAA